CAGAGCUCCUGCUUUCUCUCUCGGCCACUGUUCACUCCAUAGAUCGAAGGAGUUUGAUAUUGAACACAAUGGCCGAUAUUUACCAGCACCCCACUAUCUUUCAGAAGGUUGGUUACCAGGUACACCUUAGCUCAAGUGCUUCCCAAGAUGCUGUAGCCUUACAUGGGGGAGCACAAAGUCCUGCUGUCUAUCACAGGAAAUAUGGAAACUACACCAAUGCAGGAUUGCAUUCAUUCCAAACCUUCAAGGACCGAUCUCUGAUCGCUGCAAAUGCUUCACCAGUUUUUGUGCAGGCUCCCUCUGAGAAAGGAUUUGCAGGUUUUGCUAUUGACUUUCUUAUGGGUGGUGUUUCUGCUGCAGUUUCCAAGACUGCAGCCGCCCCUAUUGAGCGGGUUAAACUUUUGAUUCAAAAUCAAGAUGAGAUGAUCAAAUCUGGGAGGCUCUCUGAACCUUACAAGGGGAUUGGAGAUUGUUUUGGCCGAACUAUUAAGGAUGAGGGAAUCAUGUCAUUGUGGAGAGGAAACACAGCUAAUGUCAUCCGUUACUUCCCCACUCAGGCACUGAACUUUGCUUUCAAGGACUACUUUAAGAGACUCUUCAACUUUAAGAAAGACCGUGAUGGCUACUGGAAAUGGUUUGCUGGAAACCUUGCCUCUGGUGGUGCUGCUGGUGCUUCUUCUUUACUCUUUGUGUACUCAUUGGAUUAUGCUCGUACUCGCCUGGCUAAUGAUGCCAAGGCUGCAAAGAAGGGAGGUGAAAGGCAAUUCAAUGGUUUGGUUGAUGUCUACAAAAAGACACUUGCUUCUGAUGGUGUUGCUGGACUUUACCGUGGCUUUAACAUUUCAUGUGUUGGCAUCAUUGUGUAUAGGGGUCUUUACUUUGGUUUGUACGACUCCAUAAAGCCAGUUGUCCUAACUGGAAACUUACAGGAUAGUUUCUUUGCCAGCUUUGCUCUUGGUUGGCUGAUUACAAAUGGUGCUGGACUUGCUUCAUACCCUAUUGAUACUGUCCGUAGAAGGAUGAUGAUGACAUCUGGUGAAGCAGUCAAGUACAAAAGCUCUCUUGAUGCCUUCUCUCAGAUCCUCAAAAACGAGGGUGCAAAAUCCCUCUUCAAGGGGGCUGGUGCAAACAUCCUCCGUGCUGUUGCCGGUGCUGGUGUUCUAGCAGGAUACGACAAGCUUCAGGUGAUUGUGUUUGGAAAGAAGUAUGGCUCUGGUGGGGCUUAAAAUUUAUUUUGGUACUCUUUAGCGUUUCUAAGAUGGUGAUGAAAAUGUUGGAGUUUAAAAUUAAAAACCCAUUAUAUUUGAAAUAGUUCCCAUUUGAAUAACUCAUUUCUAAGAGGGCUUGAAAACCAAUCCUUUCUUUUCUUUAUGUUUCUCGAGGUUAUUUCAUUUUUGCAGACUUUUAGUUAUCGAGGGUUUACAGAUUGUAGUGGAGAGUACAUUUUUACAUCUUGCAAUGUAAUUGUUACUCCUACAAUUUAAUGCAAUUUUUUUCCUGUUUUUGCAUUCAU